AUGCCGAUUGCCGCGGUGCUAUUUUCAGACACAGGUGAAUGCGGCUACUUUCUCAAGUGUCUCAUUCGGGUGUCUGAGUCGUGGGCGUGGGUGGGCGCGGGCGGCCUGAAUCCGAGCCGCCUGAAAGCUGGCUCACCUUCAGAAUGGACCACUGCCCGUGACCUCGCGGAUGCAAGGGAAGCCUGGGAUCACAAUCCUGCAUUCGCUUUUGGCUGGGUGGGACAGAAAAAGGAAAACUAUGUUGAUGGAGGCGGUCUCAGUCACCGUCAGUCUAAUAACCCGCGCGCACUGGUCGGCUCGACGGGGAUGCCGUGGCAUUGCAGCGCAGCAGCAUGUCAGUCGUCGUCGGUCUGCCCCGUGUCGGCCUGUCGAUCGUCUGCUUUGCAUGGCCGGAGUUGUGUCAGGACGAGCUUACACUUUAUGCCUAUGACCGGCAUCCGCGGCGGGAGGGGAAGCGUUGAAAUCGAAGGGGCCUAG